AUGACGAAGCCGGAAGAGGAGAAGAAGGCCGACGCGGAACCGGAGCACGCGAUGAAGCUGAUCGGAACGCUGGAAAAUUUCGUACCCAGUGCGGAUUUCGACGACUACCUGGAGAGAGCCGAGAACUUCUUUGAGCUGAACUGCAUCACGGAUGAUGAGUUCAAGCGGAAGCUGAUCGUCCAUUUUAUUGGCUUGCCCGCGCUGAAGAAGCUGCAGCAGUUGCUGUACCCGAAAACCCACAAGCAGUCGACGUACAAGGAGGUUACCGACAAGCUGAAGUCGUACUUCAGUCCCCAGAAGAACCGGAUCGCCCAGUCCGUGGAGUUCUUCAAGCGAAGCCAGCACGAGUACGAGAAGGUCGCGGAUUUCGCGGUCGAGCUGCAAGCCCUGUCGAAACACUGUGUCUUCGAACAGUUCCUCGACGCAGCCCUGCGCGACAAAUUCAUCGCCGGCCUACGGAACGCCAAAAUCCAGGCCGAGCUGAUGAACAGCCCGGACAACACGAAGUUCGACGAAGCCGUCACGAAAGCCAAGAAUCUGGAGCAGAUCGAGGAGGACCAGCAGAAGAUGAAGGCCAAGCAGCAGUACGCCAACCGAGUCAAUGGCGGAAACUUCAACCGACGAAACCGUUCGCAGUCCCGGAAGCCGGAGCAGUCCGAGAGAGGCCAGCGCAGCAGUUCGCGAGGCAGACCCAGCUCGCGAGGAGGACCACGUGGCCGCAAGGAUUUCCGUUGCUACGCUUGCGGAAAGAAGGGCCACAUGGCGCGGUCGUGCUGGAGCAACAAGGCGAACGUGGUGAACCGCAGCGACGACGACAGCGUGGUCGACUCUGACGACGAGGUCAACCACGUGGUGAACGUUCCAUUGUUCAAGAGUGUGAACGACUACAAAGAAAAUUUUGCGCGCUUGAAGCUGCAGAAGUGUGAAGUGAGGUUAAGGGUUAUUUCGGGCACGAUGUUGAACAUUGCGGGGUCAAUACGAGUGAGAGUGAAGUGCGAUGGCCGAUCGUACACGAUGACCUUGAUCGUGAUCGACGGGAAAAGUACGUUCCAUCCGUUGCUCGGGCGAGACUGGUUAGAUGUGCUGUACCCGGAGUGGAGGCAAUUUUUUGAGAACGAGGUCGCAGAGGUCGAUCAAAGUGAGGUUAAGUUGGACAGUACUCGCACCACGUUGCUUUCUAACCUCAACGCACGCUAUCACGACUUGUUCACCAAGAAUUUGGAAGAACCAAUCGAGACUUUUGAAGCUAGUGUGGUUCUGAAGGAGGACGCCAGGCCGAUCUUCUACCGGCCGUACGAAGUUCCGUUUGCCCUGAAGGAGAAAGUGUCCAGUGAGCUGGAUAGGUUAGUGCGUGAGAAGAUUUUGGUUCCGGUCAAGCACAGUGAGUGGGCAUCGCCGAUCGUGGUUGUGCCGAAAGCAGACGGGAGUGUACGGAUUUGUAUGGACUGCAAAGUGACCGUGAACAAGGCGAUCUGUACCGAACAUUAUCCUUUGCCUAACAUAAGUGAUGUUUUUGCGAACCUAAGUGGUUACCGGUACUUUGCGAAGAUCGAUCUGCAAGGGGCGUACAUGCAGGUUAGAGCGUCGGAGGAUUCCCAGAAGUAUCUGGUGAUCAACACGCACAAGGGACUUUUUGCCUACCAGAGACUACCCUUCGGGAUCUCAAACGCGGCCUCCGCGUUCCAGUUUAUCAUGACUGAGGGCAUUUUGAAAGGGGUAGAAGGAGUCCAGUGUUAUCUAGACGACAUUUUGUUGGGAAGUGAAACCGUUGAGGGGUUAGUGGACAAAAUUCACGAGGUUCUGGGACGGCUGAAAGAGUUCAAGGUCAAGGUGAACCUUGAGAAGAGCGAGUUCUUGGUCAAGAAAAUCGCUUAUCUUGGGCAUCAGGUUUCUGAGAAGGGUCUCAGUCCGUCGGAGGAGAAGGUCAAAGCGAUCGUAGAUGCACCAAGGCCGAAUGAUGUGUCCCAGCUGAAAUCGUUCCUCGGAAUGAUCAACUACUACUCCAAGUUUGUCCCCAAUCUGUCCGUGAAGUUGUAUCCCCUGUACGCGCUUUUGAAGAAAAACGUUCAGUUUAAGUGGUCUGCUGAGUGUGAAAGUGCGUUCGACAAGUGCAAGAAGCUCCUGUUGAGUAACCGACUCCUAGAGCUGUACAACCCUGAUCUACCGAUCGUGGUCGUGUGCGACGCGAGCUUGAAUGGCGUGGGAGCCGUUCUGUGCCACAGGGUUGGUGACGUGGAAAAGCCCGUUUUCUACGCGUCGAGCACUUUGUCCGCUGCUGAACGAAACUACCCGAAUCUGCAUCGAGAAGCUCUUGCCGUGGUCUUUGCCCUGACGAAGUUCUUCAAGUACAUCUACGGUAAGCAGUUUACGGUUGUCACCGACAACAAGCCGUUAGCAGCCAUUUUGGACCAGAAGAGAGGUCUGCCGCCGUUGGCCGCGGCGCGGUUGCAGAAAUACGUUUAUUUGCUAUCUAUUUUUGAAUUUGGGAUCGUGUAUCGCAAAGGGUCGAAGAUUCCAAAUGCGGACGCUUUGAGUAGACUACCGGUUUCUGGUACCACCGGGGUCGACUCGGAGAUUGCUGAGCUGUUGAGCGUGACCGAGGAGUCAGCCAUGAUCGAUCUGGAGGUCAUAGGCCGGGAAACUCAGAGAGAUGCUCUGCUGAGUACGCUUUUCCAGCUGGUGCAAAGUGGGUGGGACGAGAGUAACGUACCCGCCGACCUGAAGUUUUACUUCGCAAACCAAAGUUGUCUGUCGUUGUUUAACGAUUGCGUACUUUAUUCGGAAAAAGUUAUUGUUCCGAAGUCUUGCCAAAAACGUGUUCUAGAGCUGAUGCAUGGUUGUCAUCUUGGAGUGAUCCGUAUGAAACAAGAAGCUCGACGGUACGUUUACUGGCCGGGGUUGGACAAGGACAUCGAAGAAUUCGUACAGCGGUGUGUGGUUUGCAGUAAGACCGGAAGAAUGCCGAAGAAGGUUUACUCGAAGUGGCCGGAGGCAAGUAGACCGUUCGAGAGAGUCCAUCUGGAUUUCUUUCACUUCGGUGGAAAAACGUUUUUGAUUGUCGUUGACGCCUACUCGAAGUGGAUCGACGUGAGGUUGAUGAGUAGAACCGAUUCAGAUUCGCUGAUUAACGCUUUGAACUCUGUGUUCCGUAUUUUUGGGAAAAGCGAUCUGAUCGUCAGCGAUAACGGACCGCCGUUUAACAGUCAAGCAUUUGUGGACUACGCGAGACAGAUGAAGAUUGAGCUGAAGAAGAGUCCGGCGUAUUCGCCCGAAAGUAAUGGUCUUGCGGAAAGGGGGGUCCAGACAGCCAAAAGCGGUUUGAAGAAACUGAUGGCUGAUCCGAAGUACGGUAGCUGUAAGAUUCCGGAACUGGUUGAGAUUUUCCUGUUUAGUUACCGGAACAGUUACUGCCAGGCGCUAGGGUGUUCGCCUGCGAGCAAAAUCUUUUCUUUUGUGCCAAAAACCGAUUUGGACAGCAAUUUGAAGCCGGAGCAAGAAAAGGUUAAGAAAAGGGUAAGGUUUGAUCUGCGGGUCAAAGAGAAGAUCAUUGAUAAGCGGGAAAGUGUCAAUGAAAAGCCAAGGGUCAGGAAAAACGACGAUUACGCUGUAGGAGAUCUUGUGUGGUACCGUUGUGAGUACAAGACGAUGAGAUCUUGGUUGGAAGCCGUGAUCGUGGGUGUUAACAGCAAGAAUACGUACUACAUUGAGGUGUCAGCAACGAUCGGAAAUAACAACGAGAACGUGUACAAACCGCCGUUCACCUACGUCAAGACUCGCAUCAUAACUGGUCCAUUGGGCAAGCAAAUGGAUCCACUGGUCGAGCGGAAGCGGGAAGCUGCUGCGAUUCAAUCCGAGUUUUAG